UGUCUUGUGUGCUAGCUUGGCUGAUUGCUAACCUUGCCAUGGGCAACCAAGAAGAGAUGCUAAUCCAAAAGAUUUCAGAGAUCUAUGGCGACAUCUCAAAUCUUCCCAGCCUGUGCCCGUCCAAGGAAGUGGACAUGCUCUUCACGGAGCUGGUCCUCACAUGCAUCCCUCCAGUCUCCACUGAUGUAUCCAAGCUAAGCAAAGAGGUGCAAGACAUGAGGUGCAAGCUCAUCAAGCUCUGUGGAGAGGCCGAAGGCCUCAUGGAGAGCCACUACUCUGAUAUGCUGGCUUGUUAUGACAACCCUCUUGACCACUUCGACCUCUUCCCUUACUACUCCAAUUAUCUCAAGCUCAGCCAGUUGGAGUACACCCUCCUGGCGACGUACGUGCCGAGCUCGCCGCCGACCCGGGUGGCGUUCGUUGGCUCCGGCCCUCUGCCGCUGAGCUCCUUCGUGCUGGCCGCGCGACACAUGCAGGAAGCGCAGCUCCAUAACUACGACCUGGACGCCGCGGCCAAUGCUCGGGCUCGUCUCCUGGUGCGUGGCGACCCGGACAUGGCCGCUCGCAUGGAGUUCCACACGGCGGACAUCCUGGGCGUGACCCACGAGCUGAGGGGCUACGACGUGGUGUUCCUGGCGGCGCUGGUGGGGAUCAGCCACGACGACAAGGUCCGGGUGAUCGAGCACCUCGCGCACCACAUGGCCCCGGGCGCCGUCCUGGUGGCGCGAAGCGCGCACGGAGCCAGGGCCUUCCUGUACCCGGUGGUGGAUCCGGCGGCUGACUUGAGAGGGUUCGAGGUGCUGACAGUGCACCACCCGACCGACGAGGUCAUAAACUCGGUGAUCAUUGCGAGAAAGCCGCACGGCGGCCAUGCGGCGGGUGCAGCGGUGAUGAGGCCCUGCAAGUGCUGUGAGAUGAUGCAGGGUUUCCAUCACUUCGGUCAAGGAAGCAUCAUGGAAGAGAUUACACUGGAGGAGCUGCCCUCCUGAGGCUAAAUGCAUGGGGGAACUGAAGAAGCUGUGUGACUGGGUUAUGACACAUCAUUCUACUGCAUGUCUUUUGGCUCCUUUUUGUGUGCUUUUAUAAGACGGUCUACUGUUAUCUUCUUUUUAGUUCUUGAUGUGUCGGGGAAUAAUAAGUGGCAUUUUUCUGUUGUUUCGAUGUA